AUGUUCACGAGGGGCUUGGUGCGCAUCGAGAAGCCGGUCUUCCGUGGUUGCGAGCAUGUGAUUGUGAAGCACGUGAUGAUGACAAACCCAAGGGACACACGCUGGCGUCAGGCCCUGAAUGAGGCGCUGGUGGCGCCCAUGCUGGCGGGCCACAACACCCUGGUGCCUGCGAUCGCCUGGAGCCACACCAACAGCGGCAUCGCCCUCGCGUCCUUCCGCCCCGGCGACGACAGCGUGCGCACGUGCUUUUGCAAGCUGGAAGACGCCUGCGAGGCGGCGGGCCUCAGCCCAGAAGAGACCAUGGCGGCGCGAGUGCACCAGGCCGGCGCCAUGGUGCCCAACAUGCUCAAGGCACUGCACGACCUGCACAGCUCGGGCUUCAUCCACCGCGACGGCAAGGCGGACAACUGGGUGGUGGACGCGGCCAACCCCCUGCGCCCCCUGCUCAUCGACUUUGGCCUCGCGCAGCGCAUCAGCGACGGCCUGGGCGCCACAAACGGCUACACACCCACCCACGCGCCCCCAGAGCACUUGGCGGCGCUGGACGCGGCGGGCCUGCUGGAGUGGCGCUUCGACCGGGAGCUCAAGCGCGGCAAGACUCGGGAGCGCGGGGUGCUGCCUGUGGGGGGUAUGACGGAGCUGCUGCACAAGGCGCUGGGCCCCGCCACUGACAUCUACCUGCUGGGGGCGACGCUGUGGGAGGUGCUUUUCCCGGGCACGAUGCCCUAUAUCGGGGACCUGUCACGCCACACCGGGGAGCGCUCCGUCCUGGACGCCAUCCUGGAGACGCCUGGCCUGCGCUUCCCGCCCGGCCCCCAGCCGCCAGAGAGUGUCAAGGUGCGCUUCGCACCUUAG